UGUGUAACUCACAUUAAGUUAAUAUUUAUUUUGUCGACUGUGAAAUGCAUCACAAAUGUGUUAGAGAGAGAGAGACACAGAGAGACAGACAGAGAGAGAGAGACAGAGAGAGAGAGAGAGGGCUGCAGACAGACUGUGAGCAGUAAAGAGAGGAGUCUCAGUGAUACAGUUUUUCUCUGACAUUUCAUUUACAUUUAUUCCUUAUCAUCAUCAUCAUCAUCAUCAUCAUCAUCUUCUUCUUCUUUUUCUUCUUCUUCAUCAUCAUCAUCACCAAUGUCGGUUCUUCCUCUGCGAGUGAAAAUGUUGCGGCAGGUCUGGAGGUUGAAAGGCAUCGCCGUCCUCGUCUGCAGCCCGUUCAUCCUGCUGCCACUCGCCAUCAGCACCACGGAGGCGGCCUGUGCUUACGUCAUAGCCCUCAUGGCGGUGUACUGGUGCACUGAGGUUUUGCCGCUGGCCGUGACGGCGCUGCUGCCGACCAUCCUGUUCCCCGUCCUCGGCAUUAUGGAGUCCAAAGACGUGUGUAUGGAGUACCUGAAGGACACCAACAUGCUGUUUGUGGGUGGUCUGAUGGUGGCCGUGGCCGUGGAGCACUGGAACCUCCACAAACGCAUCGCGCUCAGAGUGCUGCUGCUGGUCGGGGUCCGACCAGCCAUGUUGAUGCUGGGGUUCAUGGGAGUGACAGCCUUCCUGUCCAUGUGGAUCAGCAACACGGCCACCACUGCCAUGAUGGUCCCCAUCGUCCAGGCCAUCCUGGAUCAGCUCAACGGCAACGUAGACCCUGAACCCUCCUCCAGCAGCCAGAGAAAGAGUGCUGUUCUACACCAGGAACAUGAAGAGAAAACCAGCAGUAUCCUGCAAACUCCUCCAUCAAACGUCCUGGAGAAUGGUCAGAACGGGGUAACCUUAACACAAUUCAACUCGGAGAAAAUCAGCAACCUAAAAGACAACAUGUCCCCUGAGCAGGAAGUGUUGUCAGAGAGUCAGAUGGACAGACAGGAGGUUGUUAAACAUACACCGCAGGACAAACCUCCAUCAGACUGCACCAACAGUGGGCCAGUGGUCGUGUCCGUGGAGAACGCCUGCUGCCAGAUGGAGUUGGAGGAGCUGAGCGACGAGCAGGAGGAAAGGAGAAAGAUGAGUAAAGGACUCCUGCUGUGUGUGUGCUACGCUGCUAGCAUUGGAGGCAUCGCUACUCUGACUGGAACCGGACCCAAUCUGGUCCUGAUCGGACAGAUGAGCCAACUCUUCCCUCAGAACGGUGACGUGAUCAACUUUGCAUCCUGGUUUGCGUUCGCCUUCCCCACCAUGGUGUUGAUGCUGACUCUGGCCUGGUUCUGGCUGCAAUUCCUCUACAUCGGCUGCAACCUGCGGAGGACGUGGGGUUGUGGGGCGGUCCAGUCAGAGAAGGAGCGAGCGGCGUACGAAGUGAUCAGGGAAGAACAUCAGCGCUUGGGGCCGAUGAGUUAUGCAGAGAUCAGCGUCCUGGCACUCUUUAUCCUCAUGGUGAUGCUGUGGUUCACACGAGACCCACGCUUUGUGGACGGCUGGGCCACCCAUGUCUUCAACGCCAAGGCUGAGUUCGUCACGGACGCGACCGUCUCUCUGUUUGUUGCCGUCCUGUUGUUUGUUCUUCCCUCUGAGCCGCCGCACUUCCUCUGCUUCUGGAGGAGCUCUGACACAGAGUCCCAGGUGUCACGAGGCCCCGCCCCUCCUCUGCUCACCUGGCAGGUGACCCAGAACAAGAUGCCCUGGAACAUCGUCCUGCUGCUGGGAGGCGGCUUCGCUCUGGCCAAAGGCAGCGAGGAGUCCGGUCUGUCCCGCUGGCUCGGUGCUCAGAUGACGCCACUCCACUCCAUCCCUCCCUGGGCCAUCGCCGUCAUCCUCUGCCUCCUUAUUGCCACCUUCACCGAGUGUGCCAGCAACGUCGCCACGGCAACUCUCUUCAUGCCUAUCCUGGCCUCCAUGUCCCAGUCUAUAAGCUUGAACCCGCUGUAUGUGAUGAUCCCCUGCACCCUCAGCGCCUCCUUCGCCUUCAUGCUGCCGGUGGCCACGCCUCCAAACGCCAUAGUCUUCUCCUACGGUUUCCUCAAAGUGUCUGACAUGGCUAAAGCAGGCGUGGUGAUGAACAUCAUUGGGAUCGGCUGCAUCAGUCUGGCCAUCAACAGUUGGGGUCGUGUCAUGUUCGACCUGGACUCUUUCCCAUCAUGGGCCAACGCUUCUACACCUGUGUAGGAGAAACAACCUGCUACUUUAUUGUCUCAACAUUUUCAGGUUUCAUAAGUCACCUCUGGGUUUCUGGGUGAAAUUUCAAAGCAGGGAAUCUGUUUUUUGUGUUCACGCUGCAGCUUGUGACUGCUGGUUCUGAGCCACCAGGAACAUCAUCUUGAUGUUUGGACCUUCUCACUACUGAUGUUUUUCCCAAAGGUUUAUCAAAGGACCUAUCUUACAUGAAAGUUUGUAAUCAAAUAAUAAUGGCCAAGUCUCAAUUAGCAUGAUGGAGGCCAGGCAGAAAAAUGUAUUAGGCAAGUCCAUUCCCAUAGCACUAAUUCCAUCAGUAGAGUUAUGUCAUAAGCCCUAUUCGCAGGGACUAGUGUUAUCAGGGGAAUUCAUGUGGUAUAGGUCAGUGCUGUAGAUACAGGUCAGAGUUCUGUCUAUUUGACUAAUAUGAUAAUAGUAAAAAAAUAUGAUAUUAUUGAGAUAAACUUUAUUUCAUAAGAUUUAGAGAAGGCUAAUGAUUUGACACUGAUUUUCUUGUAAGGACAGUUAAUCUGAUUGAUUUUGAUUUGAUUGAGUCCAUUUGACAAUAAUACUAAGUUACAGAGGACAGGACAGAUACGGGACAGAUGUCAGUGCUGAUGAUACAGGACAUAGGUUGGGGCUGUACGUACAAGGCAUACGGCAAUGCUAUAGAUACAAGGCAUAUGGCAAUGCUAUAGAUACAAGGCAUAUGGCAAUGCUAUAGAUACAAGGCAUAAAUCAAUGCAAUAGAUACAGGGCAUAAGUCAAUGCUGUAGAUACAGGGCAGGUGUUAUGCUGUAGAAGCAGGGCAGAGAUUUAUACUGUCUUUCAAUUCAUAAAAUAAUGAUAUUAUUUAUAUUAACUUUAUCAAGUUUUCAUAAAGCACAAGCAGAAUGAUGUGUGAUUAGACGGUCAGGAGUAGAAGACACAUUUCCGUACAGGCUUGGAUGGCGCUAAUUUUACUGAUAUAGACCACGCCCAGUUGUGCCUUAAAAACAUUCCACAAUUUUGGAUUUUUUGGGGGAAAGACACAUAUUUUAUCUAAUCUUCACCCAAAUCUGUGCAUAGCAUGUUUAGAUGAAGCCAAACAAGAUGUAUAGGCUUGUGUUUAGUGAGUAUCACUUAUCAUACAGUUCUACCAACAAUUGCUCCACCUUGUUGUCAUUAAUGAAACAGCGUCUUAUCUCUGGAGCACACACCAAUUCAGAUGUGGACCCCGAACACUUCUUGCUUCAGAAGCUGUGCCUGCGAACAGCAAUCACACACGUUCUCUUCAGGAAAUGCAAAUAUUCGGUGCUGAUGGAAUAAGUGAUGUGGAAAUGGACAUAAUACUACAUUUAUAAAGACAAUAGAUAAACAUGGAGAAUGUGUUGAUUUAAAAUAAGAGCGGAGCCCAAAUAUGAUGAAAUAUAUAAUAAAACAGGGGAAAUUAGAAAUAAAGGCUUGUCUCUAAUAAAGGCCUAAUCCUAAAAUGUAUUACUUAUUACUAAUUAUAAACCGUUGCCACGAAAAUGUAGUUAAAAAAUUGAAAACGUAUUAUACAUAAUAGUGUUUUCUCUAAUUUGUAAGUAUUUGUUCUUUGGUGGAAAUGUUAUUGACAGAAUUUAUUUGAGAAACUGACUCCAGAUCUGUGAACAGACUUUACUGAUCGGAGAACUUUCCCGUCCUGGUGAGAUACAAGAAGAACAUACAACAACUGCUAUCCCUGUGAAUUGGAAUUAUUUUAAGGUUGUUAGAAAAUAUUCUGUAUGUUUUGUAUUGUUGUUUAUUUAAACAAGUUUUUAUUUAGUGAGUGAGUGAGUGAGUGAGUGAGUGAGUGAGUGAAUGUCUACUGUACAUACGUAACCUGCAGACUUUUAUACAAUCUUGUUACUAACAGUUUUAUUCUAUGUUAAUAAAAGCUGAUCUUUGAAGAAACGUGUGACAACAAACCUCUGAUUGUGUAAUUAAAGCAAUAAUACUAAUAGUAAUAUAUAUAUAUAUAUAAUAUAUAUCAGUAUAUAUCAUGUGCAUUGUUCUAAAUAAAACAAAGUUUUCAUCUUGAACAUAA